AUGAAUAAUAAAAAAAUGCAUAAGAUAAAACAAUUUGAAGAAAUUGAAAUUAAUGAAACAUAUAAGGAUACUCCAUCAUCGAAACAUGAAGACAGUUAGAAUAAUGAGAUGGAUUAAACCAGUAAUUCCAUUCAAUAGUAAGAAUUAGAGUAAAAAUAUGAUUUUAAUAUAAUACCUAUCAAAGUAACAAUAUUAUUAUAAUAAUUAGGUAGUGGCAUUAACUGUAUUUCUAUUUUUAUUGGGUAUUAUCUUUCUUAUUUUUGGACUUGUAUUUUUAAUCAGAAAUCCAAAUAAAUAUCAAUAAUACAUUUCCCUUUUGAUAGUAGGAGGAUUAAUGAUAAUACCAGGGAUUUAUUAUAGUUGCUUAUUAAUUAAAUUUAUUAAAGCAGACUCUAGAUCUACUUAAUAGAAGAUAUUAAAUGAACUUCCAAUAGAUUGA